AUGUCUACAACUAAUGGUUUUGUGAUGGUGUUGCUGAUGGCGCUCCUCUAUUGGACAAGUCUCCUUCCUGCUACAAAUAUCAUGGCAAAUUCAAAGUUUGGAUACGUGAGGCAGUUCGAAACGCACGAUGCUAUUUUACCCCAAUGUUACAUCGUGGUAAGAAUAGAUGGUAAAAAAUUUCAUGAAUUUUCAAAGUUUUACGAUUUUGGUAAGCCAAAUGACGAAAACGCUCUCAAAUUAAUGAAUGCAUGCGCGAAGAACCUUGUUCUUAAAUAUAAAACAGAUAUUAUAUUAGCGUUUGGAGAAAGUGAUGAAUAUUCGUUUAUAUUGAAGUCGGAUUCAGCACUAUUCAAUAGACGAAAGGAUAAACUAUCCACUUUAUUUGGUUCAUUUUUCACUUCUAAUUAUGUCGCGUUAUGGUCCAAAUUUUUCCCAGACAAACCACUCGACAUUAAGCAUCUGCCAUACUUCGAUUCAAGGUGUGUAGCGUAUCCCAAUUUACAAACGAUAAAGGAUUAUUUGUCUUGGAGGUAUGUUGAUACCCAUAUAAACAACCUUUUCAAUACGACAUUUUGGCAGUUGAUAAUAAAAUGUGGGUUAACACCACAAGAAGCCGAAAAGAAGCUGUGUGGAACGUUUAGUAAUGAUAAACAAGAAAUACUGUUUUCUGAAUGUGGUAUAAACUACAACAAUGAGCCCGAGAUGUUUAAAAAAGGCUCAUUGGUAACGAGAAAGGGAGAGGUCCUGCAUAUCAACGUCAUUGCGCAAAUAGACGAGUUGUUCGAAGGCUUUUAA